AGACACAACGAACACUGGUGGAACUUCACCUAGAUGGUGAUCAUGAGAGAGCGCUGCAGACCAGCAGCAGCAGCAGCAGCAUCAUGUUCAAGACCAGCUACUUGCAUGAGGUCCGCAAGGAGAAGUACGAGCGCUCGGACGUCUUCGAGGAUGACGACACCCCGGAGGGCUCUGGCGUCGGCGGCUCCGGCUCCCCGGACCACCCCGCCGCGCCCGUGCACGGCUGGGAGAGCCUGCAGGACCUGAACAGCCGCUUCGCCCGCUACAUCAACCGGGCGCGCGUCCUGGAGCAGCGCAACGCCAUCUUCCGCAAGCAGCUGGAGACGCUGCAGCGCAUGGAGGAGGCCACGGGCCUGGAGGAGGCCUUCGUGGAGCAGAUCAACCUGAACCGCCAGCGCAUCCGAGAGCUCUACUCGGACAAGGCCAAGCUCGAGAGGGACCUCAAGGACGCCGAGCGGAUGCUGGACGAGUUCGCCAACAGGUACAAAAAUGAAUGUGAAUACCAGGCCCAGCUGAGGGACACGCUGGAGCACCUUAAUAAGGAGGCUGACAAUUCCCUGCUCAGAAACCUCGAGUAUCAGAUCCAGUCCCAGUUUCUCCAGGAUGACAUUAAUUCCACCAAAGACAGACACAAAAAGAACCUGGCUGAAAUCCAGACAUAUGUCAACAUUCUGCAACAAAUCAACCAGACGACUCCUCUUCUGCCCAACAUGGGAGGAGGGAUAGCAGAGGAUAAGGAGAAGCGCCAUGCCCAGCGUCAGCUCCCCGCUCUGCAGAUCCAGCUGGAGGAGUACAAGAGCGCUCUCUGCCAGCUGCAGGGACAGAGGCAGAGACUACAAACAGAGACGUCUGUGCUGGAGCAGACCAUUAAAAGUACCCAGGACAACUACAACGAUGAGAUUCAGCUGUACAACAAGCAGAUCGAGAGCUUGAGGAAGGACAUCGAGGCGGCCGAGCGCUCUCUGGAGAAGUACACCAACGACAGCAAGCACCUGGCAGUGUCUCAGUCCUCCCUCGAGAACGAGCUGGAGAGAUACAAAAGGAUCAUUGAAAAUGAGGACAACAGGCUGCACUCUGCCAUCAUCGGGACUCCAGUCACACUGUUUGCUACUAAUUACCGGUUCAGUCACAACUCCUCUGCUCCUCGCAAUGGGAAAGACAUCACCCAGGUCAUGCAGGAUAUCACCAGCGUGAAAACCCGCCAGAAGAACCACCAGGGCAAGAAGGCGAACAAGAAGCGCGAGCUCAGCCCCAGGGACGUGAUGGGUGGCAGCGGCGCCGGCGGUGUUGGCGGCACGUCUGGCUCUGGCGGCGGCGUGGACGGAAGCAGCAUGUCCGGCGUGGAUCACCUGGACGCCGACAAGCAAGGUGGCUCCACGCAGGUGGAGUGGGAGACCAGGCGUGAGAACGUGCCCCUCCAUCAUCAUCAUCACACAUCACACGGCCUGGGCGGCGGCAAGAGUGGCGUGGUGGCCCGUGAGGACGUGCCCGACGGCGCCCAGAUCAGCAAGGCCUUCGACACGCUCUGCAACAUCGUCCGCGACCGCAUGCGCCGCUACAAGAAGCCCGAGCCCAUCGCCGACUUCUACACCAAGGGCCGCUACGUGCUGGUGACGGGCGACUCCAGCUACGAGGACCCCUGCUUCUACACCUCCUCGCCCUCCGGGGGACACGUCUUCGUCACCAUCUGCGACGGCAUGCUGCACCCUUACGACCCCAACGACCCUUACGGCCCCGUGGGACCCAUCGGACCCAUCGGACCCAUCGGUCCUAUCGGUCCCAUCGGUCCUAUUGGGCCAGUUGGUCCCAUUGGGCCUAUCGGGCCUAUCGGGCCAGUUGGUCCUAUCGGGCCCAUUGGACCGAUUGAUCCUCCUGGGCCAGUUGGGCCGAUCGGUCCCAUUGAUCCUCCAGGUCCUCCCGGGCCUCCUGUCGGUCCCGUCGGUCCGGUUGGUCCGAUUGGCCCCAAAGGGACUUUUGGUCCCACCGAUGACGACAACCCCUCACCUCCUCCUCCUCCCGUCUCUCCCCACCACCCCUCUUCCCCCUCAGACAACGGACACGACAAAGAAGGUAAAAGGAGAAACGGCGGCGGCGGUGGUGGUGGUGGCGGCGGUGGCGGUAAGCGCAAUCAGAAAUCAAAGCACGCAGACCAAGACCCCGGACACCCCUCGAACCCAGGAGGCAACCCGUCCCCCAACAGCAAACACCAAGGGGGCGGCCAGGACCCCAGCAGCGGCCAAGACCCCAACAGGAACCGCCAGUGGGAGCCUCGCUCCAGAGUCGACAUCCCCCCCGGCUCCGUCAGCUACGAGAAGGUGGAGGUGGUGGAGUCCGUGGAGAGGCUGUCCCCCGACAACAAGGUCAAAGGUUACGAGGAGACGUCCAUGAUUGUGGAGACCACCAUUGAGAAGACCAGCAAAAAGAAACACGGCGACCAGAGCUAGAAACAACGAGCUCCUAAAACACUGCAGACUGAAACAAACAGAACCAUCUUCUUAUGUCCCUUCCUGCCUCCUGACUGGCCACAAUUGUCCUGGGGUGAAUUUCUCAAAACCAAAGUUGCUAACUACAUUAGCUACUUUGCUGUUUUCAAUGCAUUUUCCCAUUGGCAACUACCGAAGUUGCUAACAGGCUAACAACUUCUCUUUUGAGAAACUCACCCCUGAUCAUGCAUGCUCCUGCUGCCCUUUAUACUGCUAUUUACCUCACAUAGCAAAUUAGUCUGUCCUUUACUGUCUGAAAACUUGGGGAACACCUGUCAAAAGGCUAUGACCUCAGUAAAAACGCAUUAAAAAGUACCUCCAAUUUUCCUCACGCAUUCACAGAACAAUCCCAAAUGCUCACAAUUUUUAAGCUACUACAGAACACUGCUGCCCUCACAAACACACCAUCUAACGACGCGCCUCACACAUCCUGCCCUACCAAAAGCCUGGUGCGUAAAGUAUCAGUAACAUUUCAAGCAUAUCUCUGCUGUGUGUUGCAUCAGAAAUAAAAUGUGAAACCUUGCAAGCCCAUAUUUGUGUGCGGUUCUAUAUCCUGACUAA